UAUAUAUGAUCAUCAAUCUCCUCUGUUUUUCAAAAGAAUAGAUUCUUAGCCUUUUUUUGUUUUCUCUGAGCAUAAAUUCCUAGCCUUUUGGAUCCAAUACAUCUAUCUCUUUAACGCUUCAACUGAUCGAUCAUGGCUUCCACUGCGGAGAAGAAUAUCGGUAAAGAUCAUCAAUUAAACGGAGAACUGUACAAAGCUCUGCUCAUGAUCGAAAACAAGGAGAUGGAGGUGAUGGAGCUCUGUGCACGUCUUGAUGAGCAUGCGUUCCACAUACUGAGCAUACACAACGACACAGUGCUCCACAAGGCUAUUUACGCGAAACAAGCUAACUUGGUACUCGGACUUCUCGAAGCCUUGCCUCCCCGCCAUCUCGAUAAAAUGACCCACCAAAACGAAGCCGGCAACACUAUCCUUCACGAGGCAGCUACUCUCGACCAAGAAAACUCCGUCGAGGUCGCCACGAACAUGUUAGAGAAAGCCCCGGAGUUGUUGUGCAUGACCAACAAACUUGGAGAAACCGCACUCUUUCGGGCAGCCCGCUAUGGCAACACUGGGAUCUUCAACUUUCUGGCAAAAAAAAUCUUGGAACAUCAUGAUGAAGCCAGCCUGCAACGAUCUAUUCAGAGGAAUGACAAGACCACUAUUCUUCACAUCGCCAUCCUUUCUCAGCACUUCGGUUUGGCUCUGAAAAUAACUGAAGAAUUCGGACAUAUAAUUGAUAAAAGAGACGAAUGUGGUAUGACCGCUCUUCAGCUUCUCUCAUGCAACGCUUCAGCUUUUGAAAAUGUGCGCAAACGCGGACUCCUCAAGAGAAUUUCCAGCUCUGUCCAAAUGUACUGUAGUUGUGCCAGGAGCAAUGAUGUUGGGAAGGAAAAGUUAAACAGUAAAUCAGAUUUGGAGCUGCUUGCCAAGAUAUUAGUGGAAAAAGAUACCUCAUGGGAGAUAACUAGUUCUCCAAUUGACCAGAGGAAGCCGAAGCCGCACAAAUACGAUCCUAUUCGAUCUGAUUUUCCAUCUACUGAGAAAGAAGGUAGUGGAGAUCAAGGGCCGCUGCCCUCUUCUAUUUCUCUAAAUGAUCAGGUGGAAAUGGGAGGAAUUACACCUUUGUUUCUGGCAACUAAGUUAGGCUGCAUAGAGAUCGUCACAGAAAUACUGGACAAAUAUCCGCAGGCAGUUGAGCACAUUGAUAUGGAAGGGCGGACUAUCUUGCAUGUAGCUAUCAAGUACCGCCAGUUGGAGGUUUUCGAGUAUGUGUCGAAAAUGGAAGUAGCAAUGAGGUGGCUGGUACGAAGGAUUGACAACAGUGGGAACACCAUUCUGCAUAUGGUUGGAAUAAAAAGAGAGGAUUAUAUGCCUCAAAAGCUGCGAGGCCCUGCAUUUGAAUUGCGAGAGGAGCUGCUCUGGUUUGAGCGCGUGAAGUUAGUCACAAAAGCCCAUUUUAUUGAUCACCAUAACAAUGAGAAGCAGACUGCUGAAGGCUUAUUUGCUAUUACCUACAAAAAUCUCCGAAAUGAUGCCAAAGAAUGGCUAAAGAGGACAGCAGAAGGAUGCUCCAUCGUGGCAGUUCUGAUUUCAACAGUUGCCUUUGCUGCGGCCUACACAAUACCAGGAGGUCCAAAUCAGACUACUGGGGUCCCAGUCCUUCUCUAUCAACCUCUCUUUGUGGUUUUCACUGCAGCUGAUGUGCUCUCCCUUGCAUGCGCUUUGACGUCUGUGGUUAUAUUUCUUUCAAUCCUCACAGCGCCUUAUCGUUUGGAAGACUACAAGUAUUCUCUUCCUAAUAAGCUGAUGCUUGGCGUCACAUUUCUGUUUCUCUCUGUGUCGAUGAUGAUGAUAUCAUUUGCAGCAACAAUCGUUCUCAUGAUACGUAGUAAAGAAAGCUGGAUGAAAAUUGUCCUAUAUUCCCUUUCUUUCCUUCCCGUCGGUAUCUUCGCACUAUCAUAUCUCCCCCUCUAUGUCGCUCUGACAAAAACUUACAAGUUCUUGCUCAAGAAGAUAACGCUGGCAAUUCCUUGGAGUGCUAAUUCCUGCAGUUGUCCUCGACUUCAGUUAACCGGUCCCACUAAGCACAAAUCGGCUGCAACACAGACCUCACAUUUAUCCGUUUGAACUGUUUGUGCUGAAUUAGUGGAUACUACUGCAUGCCACCACGUAUGGGUUUAAAGCUAGCUAU